AACAACAAAUGGGUAGACUAUUUAGAUAAAUGUAAAUUAGAUAUCAACUUUUGAGUCUUUAUCAAAACAAAUAUAUAAAAGGAUUUAUCUUUGUCCUAAAGAAUCGUCGAUAAACUCAUAUGUAAUCUUUCAAGAUCUGCUAAAUCUCACGUUUUCUAUCCACAUCUAAACCCUUAUCAAUUCUUAAAGCUUUUGAUUUUUCAGCAUUUUGGCGUUAACUGAGUAUUGGUGUGAUGGAUCUAUUCCAAAGGGCUGAGAGCGUCCGCCUUAGAAACCGGAAAGACAAGUUCCUAAUAGCGAUGGAUGACAAAGAAUCGGUUUCACAAAGUCGCAAAGGAUCAAAUAAUGAUGCAAUUUGGAGGGUGGAAUUUGUUGAGGGAAGACAAGACGCCCUUCGGCUUAAGAGUUAUUUCGGGAAAUACCUAACAGCUACCAACACACCAUUCAUUCCAGGUGUUUCUGGGAAGAAAGUGAUCCAAGCUGAUCUUCCAGAAAAGACAUACCCAUCGGUCGAAUGGGAACCCAUAAGGGAUGGAUUUCAGGUGCGCUUCAAAUCAUUUUGGGGGACUUACCUUCGACCUAAUGGAGGAUUACCACCGUGGAGAAACUCCAUUACACACGACGCCCCAAAUACUAAUAGGACCUACGAAAAAGUCUUAUGGGAUAUUGAGGUUGUCGAGAAACGAUCUUUAUUACAUCGACGAACCAGAUCAGAUUCCACCUUUCAGAGAUUGGAAAAUUUGGCAUUUAUCAGAUCUAAUUCAAAUUCCAUGGCCUCAACUCUUGUUUCUCCUAAGCCAAAGCCUAAGGCUUAUCUUGGGGAACAAGAAAUCAGUUAAAUCAACAUUUACGUGGAUGCAUGUUAUAACAAACAUGUAUCUGCAUGCAGGUAAAAUAAUAUUAGAGCUUUUAUAUUUAUAUACGGAAUUGUGUUGAUUAAAAAAAUAACAUAUACACUCAAUUCUUCCUAGUAUAUCAAUCUGCCAUGAAGUAGAUUGAGAUUCUUGUCUUUCGUUUCUUAUG